UGCGAUCAGUACUGUUUCAGUCACGACUAACAGAACACCUCCAUAUUCCUACAUUGUGCUCGUUUUGAGUGUGCUACUAAAUCGCCGCCUUGCCUUCGUAAACGGAUCAAUAAUCACUAUCUCUUUGCUAGCCAAACGCAACGAAUUGAAAGAAUUAUUACAACAACAAAAAUUCUUGCGGAAGAAACCAAAAAAAAAAAGCGUUCGUGCGUGUCGCCUUUAGUAUAAAACGGCGCCGUUUGUAUUAUUUAGUGAAAAGCUUUGCUCAUCAUUAUCGAUCUUGAUGAUCGUUGGAGGAAGCAGAUAAACAGACAAUUUUUUUAUACAACUCAUUGUGCCAAUUAUUGCCAAUUGUAAUGUCUAUUAACUGGUUUAAAUCGCGUCAUAUCGAGGCCAAGAAGCAAAUACAAAAAUCUUCUGCAAUUUUAAUUCAAAAGAACAUAACAAUGUUUUGAACAUAGAGACUUAAGCUACGUUUUUUUUUUGUUGUAUACCAGUAUACAUACGUAAAAAAUUUCCAUUAAAUCAAGAAAGAAAAUCCAAUUAAACUCAACAAUACAAAAAACUAACAAUUAAAAGCCAACCAGUCGUCAUCGUAGUGAAAGAAGACGCAGCAAUUCAAGCAAGCAACACACAACAAGCAAAACAACAAAAGCCGUUAGUUAAAUUUCUUUGAGAUUCACAGGAAAUUAACCCACUAAAGAUCAAAGUAAACUAGGAAGUGUAAAAAUUACCAAAGACAAAGAACUUUAAGAUUGUGAAAUUAUUAAAACAAACAAAAUUAUUCCCAACUCAAUUGAAAGCCCUAAAAUUGCUUCUUUCCAUCCGUACAAACAUACACCACUGUGAGCCCUCACGCUAUUCUUUAGACUGCGAAGAGCAUAAAAACGUCAAAAUUCCACCCUCAUCGCAAAGACUAACUUCCACCACGGAGACCUUUAGAGGACGACCUAUGUCAGUGUCAAAUUAUUUACUCUUAAUAUUUUAUCAGAACGUUCAUACUCUGACGAGGACACCACAUAGUUUAGAAUUACUGAACUCUUUUAUAACAUAACAGUGAAAGUUUUAAGACAAAAAAAAAACAAUAACAACCGUGGAAUCAUACAUCGCCAGCCUAGCCCCACGACAAGUAAAAGCAACAGCAGCAGCCGCCGCCGCCGCAGCAGCAAAAUUGUAUUGAUCAAAGCUAAAUCGCAACAACCGCAUCAACCAAAGAUCGGCAGCAACAUUCAAUUUCACAAAACGCCAGAAGUGCCCCCCAUCAUUAACACGGGGAAUUCUUUAAGAAGAAAGAAAAGAAAAAAGAAAGAGGAGACCACCAAAACUAACUAAACAAAAGAGCAAAAGUAACUCUUUUUUUGUUUGUGCUCCCGCCUUUAACUUGCAAUCUCACACAACUCAAGGGUAUCAAAAAGACCAUCACCAAUUCACCUCAGCAGCAGUGACAGCGUCAACAACGGGAAAUAAGCAAGACCAUCUGACUGGACACAGCAAGACAAGCUUGAAUUAAACAAAAAAUACAAAUUCAAACGAUUUUAUUUGAAUUAAUCUCUGACAAAUUUUCCCAAAUAAAUCAAGUGUUUAUAUUCUGUACACCCCAAAAAUCAAAAAAAAAAACUGUUUUUUAAGUUUAAAGAUAAACUACAGCUAUUAAUUGUGUGAUUUGUGCGCUAAUUCGUCAUCAUUCAUAAUCAACGUAGAAAACGACGAAGAAAGAAAAUAAAUAAAAUGAACUUACUACAUCUUUCGUUACUGGCCCUGCUGGCUCUUACCAGUAGUCGAUGUGGUUCUGAGGCUCGCGCUAUCGAUGAUGUGGACAACUCGAUCGAAGCUGGUGGCGAGUCACAACAGCCUGCCCAGCCUCUGCCUUUGAUAUCGCAUCAUUCGUCUGGUAGUGCUUUGUCACGUACUCGUUUCGGCCAGGACUGGAUUAAAUUCACCAAAACGCCCCCUGCAAAAAUGCUGCAGAGUUCUGGUACACCCAUUGAGAUUGUGUGUGAAGUGAUGGGAUCCCAAAUACCCACCAUACAAUGGGUUGUGGGUCAUUUGCCCUUGUCAGAGAUCGAUACCAUUGAAUCAAAUGUCAUCUCAGAAUCCAGUGCAAGUGCCAUUGUUAAAGUACGCUCUGUACAUAUUAUCGAUCAUCUGCUGAGUGAACCACGCAUCUAUACCUGUGUUGGUCGAACGGGCUCAAAAACCGUAUAUGCCUCGACCACCGUCUAUCCACAAAACGAUCUGAAGGAUCUUAUGCAAUUGCGUGAGAAACCCUUUAUGGGCCCCACAAAACCACGUAUUGUCUACAGUGAACGCAUGCAUUUAGAUUUGGUCGGCUCAAAUGUGGUAUUGCCCUGCAAGGUACAUGCUCGUCCCAGAGCCGAAGUUUUUUGGAUGAACGAAGAGGGUAAUUUGAUUGAACAAAAUCAACGUUUCAAAUUAUUGCCUUCGGGUGAUUUGCUAAUAUCGGAUAUUAAAUGGGAAGAUAUGGGCGCUUACAAAUGUAUAGCUCGUAAUGCCAUGGGCAAGGAUACAGCAGAUGCAUUUAUCUAUCCAGUGCAGAAAGACGAUAAAAAUUAAUUUAUUGACGAUCUCCUCCCCUUGCCCACAUUGCCAACUGAGAUGACAACCGAAUUUCCGCCGUCUACCCAUGUAUAAAGUUAAAAAAAAUAUAGAAAAAAUGCUAUGCAGUUUGUAAAAACAAAAUCUAUUUAGCAACCUAACAAAACUGAGCCAACUAUCCUGCAAACUUAUAUACAUAAAUAUAUAAAAUAAAAAUUUUGGAAAGGGAAAGUGAUGUUAUAAAUUAUGCAAAAGCUUCCCCCAAUUCUAGCCAGAUGCCGGAAAUCUUCUAGAAUGUCAGACAAAAAAAAAUCCUUAAAAAAACUAUACAAACCAAAUAACGAAAGAAAGGAAACCAACCCCCUGUAAUUGUCCACUUACUUUUCCAAAGGUUUUAACUUUUUUUCGUACUUUUCUUAGGGUUCUUAAGAAAUAAAGAGGAAAAAACUAACGUUAUAGAAAACAAAAUUACAAAACUUUAUAUAUAUAUAUUGCAAAAUUUAUAUAAAAAUAGCUUUUUUUAAAUGUAUGACCGCUUUUUCAAUGGCCCUUACUUAUUUAAAGCCGAGAAAAACUGAAUCUAUUUCAUUAAUUGAAAAAUGUAACAAAUCGAAUUGCAACAAUUGUAAUUUAUUUAUGUACUUAAUUUAUUUUUAUUUUAUUUAACAGCUACAACCAUAACUACACAGUUUAUUUUAUUUAAUAAUUAUUAAUUUGAUCAGGUUUUGAUUAAUUA